CGCGUUCAUCGCGCGAGUGGCGUGCAAUUUCAACGCCUUCAUCGCGCUCCUUUGCUUGGUUCUUCCCUUUGUGAUCGCGUGACAGCUUUGUUAUUUUAAUGGCGAUUUAGGGCUCCAAUUCUUUCAUUCUUUCUUUGUCAACACCUGUAAUCUUCUCUCUAUAUAUAAAACAAACGUAUUCUUCUUCUUCUUCGAUUCAAUUUCUCUCUCUCUCCAUUCUUCCAUUCAUUGUGUUUUCUUAUACGACACGACACGGGAUCUGAAAAUCUCCUAAGCUAGGUUGUUUGUAUGCACUAGUCAGUCCUUCUCAAUGUAUGAUUAGGUAAUGAAGGGGUUCGAUGAGCAGGACUUUUCAUCAAAUCAUCCUUCAAUACCUUGUACUGAUUUGAGGAAUACUCCUUUGGAGGACUCUGCUUGCACGGAGCCAGAAUCUAGUUCUAGUACUAGUAAGUUGUCAAAAAGUAACUUAUGGUCGGGUUUCUUUCUGCCAACUUUCUCCAUCACUGAUGCAUUUGGUGAGAACCGAGGUGAUAGAAAGAAGUCUUCUUCAAGUCCCAGAAACAAUGGUUGGAAUGCGACUGUGAAGAGGUUCUUGACUCGAAACUCAAUGUGGAGAAUCCAAGAGCGUGUCCUAGGUCUGAGUAAGAAUAGCCUUUCCGUUUCAGCUGGUGACAUAUGGCUUCUUGGAGUCUGCUAUAAAAUUUCCCAGGAAGAUUUGUCCGGUGAUCCAACCAGCAGUGAUGGAUUCCUUGCUUUUGUUGAAGAUCUCUCUUCUAGGAUUUUGUUUACCUACCGUAAAGGAUUUUCUGCUAUUGGAGAUUCAAAAUAUAGCAGUGAUGUGAAUUGGGGUUGCAUGCUCCGUAGCAGUCAAAUGCUUGUUGCACAGGCAUUAAUUGUUCAUCGGUCAGGGAGGUCAUGGAGAAGAAGUUUUGACAAGCCAAAUGAUAAAGACUAUAUUGAGAUACUGCAGUUUUUUAGUGACUCUCAGCAGUCAUUUUUCUCCAUUCAUAACCUUCUUCAAGCUGGUAACGCAUAUGGCCUAGCUGCUGGAUCAUGGGUUGGCCCAUAUGCCAUGUGUCGUACAUGGGAAUCGCUAGCUCGCUCUAGGAUAGCCGAGGAUGAAAGUGAAAUCAAGCCAUUGCCCAUGACUGUUUAUGUUGUUUCUGGCGAUGAAGAUGGAGAAAGGGGUGGAGCUCCGGUUGUUUGUAUAGAAGAUGCUUCACGGAAUUGUGUUGAGUUUUCGAAAGGAAAGGAUGAAUUUACUCCAAUCCUUUUGCUAGUUCCACUGGUUCUUGGACUUGACAAGAUCAACCCCAGGUACAUUCCUUUAUUGGCGGCAACGUUUACCUUUCCUCAGAGUCUUGGGAUUUUGGGUGGUAGACCGGGUGCUUCAACAUACAUUAUUGGAGUGCAGGAUGAUAAAGCUUUCUACCUUGAUCCACAUGAAGCUCAAGGGGUGGUUGAGAUCACAACUGACAAUCUAGAGGCCGACACCUCAUCUUAUCACUGCAGUGUUGUGCGUCACACGUCCCUUGAUUCACUCGAUCCUUCGCUGGCAAUUGGGUUCUAUUGUAGAGACAAAGAUGAAUUUGACGAUUUCUGUCUCCGGGCAACAAAACUUGCUGAGGAAUCGAAAGGAGCUCCACUAUUUACAGUUGCACUAACUCGAAACAUGCUGAAGAGAACAAGCCACGACGAGGAUGAGCCUGCAGACAUGGCUGUCCCCGAAGACGAGACCAACGACAGCACACAAGAAGAUGACUGGCAAAUCCUCUAAAUGGGGGAGUAAGUCUGAAUUCUGAAAGGUAUGUAUGUUCUUAUUAGCUUGAAAACCUUUUCAUACAUACAGAUUUGUUAUUUAGGAAAAAUAUUUAUUAUUAUUUGUUUUUUUUUCUUCUCCUUAAUUCUUUUUUCUUUUUAUUUUUAUUCUAGUUCCCAUGUUCAUAGUUGUACUUGUAAAAAAAUCCCAAAUCUUAGGGAUUUGGUGAACAUGCUUGAUUCUUUAGUAACUAUGAAUUUCUUUUAUUAUUCAUGUA